AACACUACAUCUACGUGUAUUGCAACGAGUGGGUACUCUCUGGGGUGGUUGCUGUCAAAAGACCGGCUUUCGUAUAUUGUGGAAAAUAUUAAUGGUCUUAAUAUUUUUUGGUCGUAUUAAUUGAUUGAAUUUUUGUGCAUCUCUUUUAAGAGAAAGAGCUAACACAAGAUGACAGUUGCAUUGCUGAAGUCACAAAUUCUUCACAUGAGUAUUGAGAAGCAGGAAACUCUUCUUAAAUUAGCUAUCCUCACUGUUGCUGCAAUACUUUCAUUCUCAACAAGAUUGUUUUCUGUACUACGGUUUGAAAGUGUUAUCCAUGAAUUUGAUCCUUAUUUUAAUUACCGGACAACAAAAUAUCUGGCUGAAGAAGGAUUCUACAAAUUCCACAAUUGGUUUGAUGAACGAGCAUGGUAUCCGCUUGGCAGAAUCAUUGGUGGUACCAUAUACCCUGGUUUAAUGUUGACAUCUGCUGUUCUGUACCAUGUUAUGAACUUUUUACACAUCUCAAUUGAUGUGAGGAAUGUCUGUGUCUUUUUGGCUCCACUGUUUUCCAGCUUGACAACUAUUGUUACUUUCUUUCUUACAAGAGAACUAAAGGGUACUGGUGCUGGAUUAGUUGCUGCCUCUAUGAUUGCAAUUGUACCUGGUUAUAUCUCACGUUCAGUCGCCGGUUCUUACGAUAACGAAGGAAUUGCAAUUUUCUGUAUGCUGCUCACCUAUUUCUUUUGGAUUAAGUCGGUCAAAACAGGGUCUCUAUUAUGGAGUGCACUCUGCGCACUUGCUUACUUCUACAUGGUUUCGUCUUGGGGAGGUUAUGUAUUCUUGAUUAAUUUGAUUCCCCUACACGUCCUCACGUUGAUCCUUACUGGUCGGUUCUCUCAUCGUGUGUAUGUGGCCUAUAGUGCUGUCUACACUCUGGGCACCUUGCUUUCUAUGCAAGUCGCUUUCGUCGGUUUCCAACCAGUUCAGAGCUCGGAGCACAUGCUGGCAUUUGGUGUCUUUGGUUUAUGUCAGCUGCAUGCGUUCACAGACUAUGUACGUAGCCGUUUAACGGCUGAACAAUUUGAUGUUCUAUUCCGAUCUGUUUUGAUGGCCGCUGGAAGUGUUGCUCUGGCUGCAAUGGGAAUCCUCACCAUUACAGGAAAAAUUGCUCCCUGGACUGGUCGCUUCUAUUCUCUACUGGAUCCAUCGUACGCUAAGAAUCACAUCCCUAUUAUUGCUUCGGUAUCUGAGCAUCAGCCUACGUCAUGGAGUUCCUUCUACUUUGACCUUCAGCUCUUGGUGUUCCUUUUCCCUGCCGGAUUGUACUAUUGUUUCGCCAAACUUACAGAUGCCAACAUUUUCAUCAUCCUCUACGGCGUGACUUCAAUUUACUUCGCCGGGGUGAUGGUACGCUUGAUGCUAGUCCUCGCUCCGGUAAUGUGCAUAUUGUCCGGUAUUGCCGUUUCGACUGCUCUGGGCAGUCAAAUGAAGUAUUUAGACUCUCCGCGCCAGGGAAGUCAAUCAGCUGCUGAAAAGAAACCUAAGAAAGGCGAAGCAGUCGUUCCAUUUCGUUCUGAAGUGGCCUGGACUUUCACAGUGUUGAUUUCACUUUUUCUGGUGAGUUACACAUUUCACUGCACUUGGGUAACAUCUGAGGCUUACAGCUCACCUAGCAUCGUUUUGUCUGCUCGUGGUCAUGAUGGUUCUCGGAUCAUCUUUGAUGACUUCCGCGAAGCUUAUUAUUGGCUGAGAAUGAACACUCCCGAGGAUUCACGAGUAAUGUCUUGGUGGGAUUACGGAUACCAAAUAUCAGCGAUGGCCAAUCGAACAAUUAUUGUCGACAAUAAUACAUGGAACAAUACACACAUUUCCCGCGUUGGACAGGCAAUGGCUUCUACAGAAGAUAAGGCUUACGAGAUCAUGAGGGAACUAGACGUUGAUUACGUACUCGUUAUAUUUGGUGGAUUGACCGGUUACUCUUCGGAUGAUAUCAACAAGUUUCUUUGGAUGGUACGAAUCGGUGGUAGCACGGAUCGUGGCAAGCAUAUUAAGGAAAAUGACUAUUAUACACCUUCUGGAGAGUUUCGAGUUGACCAGGAAGGAUCGUCUACGCUGUUGAAUUGUCUCAUGUACAAAAUGAGUUACUACAAAUUUGGAUCUGUCUACACUGAAGGAGGAAAACCACCGGGUUAUGAUCGAGUACGUAACGCGGAAAUCGGAAACAAAGACUUCGAACUUGACGUGCUAGAAGAGGCUUAUACAACCGAGCACUGGCUUGUACGAAUCUAUAAAGUAAAGAAGCUACCCAAUCGUGGUGUAUAAGUAAAUGUUAAUCAUUGGACCACACGUUCCCCGCCUCUCGUGUUCGCUUGUCAUAAAAACGUUGGUGCACAAUGGUCAAGCAAAUAAACAAAACAACUUUUCUUUCCAAUUGAA